AUGCCUUUUAAUGACAACUACCACUGUUACAGGAUGACACUGGAGUAUCAGCAAAUGAGUGAGCAGAAUAACUUCAGAAUCAAGUCCGGUGCCAUUACACACGCGCCCGCUACAUCGCCCGUGGCAAUAGCCGCAGCCGCCACUGACGAUGACAUCACUUCCGCCCCCACCGACCUCGCAGCCUCCACGAUCGCCGCUCAGACAACCGCCUCCACGAUCGCCAUGAAGACAAUCGCCGACAGAUUCGUGACCUCCGCGGCUAUGGGAAUAACUCUGUCUCUGUGCUCGCCGCAGCCACUUCCGCCCCCACACUUUGAUCCCCUUCCUGGAGCGAUUACCAUAGCACAGGCCAUGAUCUUCUGUCAUACUCGCAAGACUGCUGGUUGGCUGGCAGCUGAAUUGUCUAAAGAGGGUCAUCAAGUAGCACUGCUAAGUGGAGAGAUGAUGGCAGAGCAACGAGCCGCUGUGAUCCAGCGCUUCCUGGAUGGCAAAGAGAAAGUACUUGUCACAACUAAUGUCUGCGCAAGAGGAAUUUAUGUUGAGCAGGUCUCCGUCGUCAUAAACUUUGACCUUCCAGUGGAUAAAGAUGGUAAUCCAGACUGCGAGACAUACCUUCACAGAAUUGGACGAACAGGUCGUUUUGGCAAACGUGGCUUGGCUAUUAACAUGAUGGACAGUAAAUACAGCAUGAAUAUCCUCAACCGAAGCUAG